UACUUUUUUAAAUAUACUGAAAAUUUCCAAAUACGAAACAUUUUUGUAAUACGAAACUGCUGCCUAAACAUUUUAAUUGUGAUCCAACGGAUGUGAGAGGACUGUCAUGAUCAUGUAAACAAGGAGAAGCAAUUUAUUUUUAAUAUGUAUAGCAAACACAGAGACUGUUCAUUCCGGUCACCAUGUACAGCAUCAAUAAGAGAUGUGAAGUCGCUGGAAGUAGAAGUAUUUCGUCACAUCCAGAAUCGGCAGUAUGGUGGGAAUCAUCUGUAUGUAAACCAUAAGAAGUUGCUGUCACCUUUUGUGUCCCAGCGUAUACCACCAUUACUGAUGGAAAGGGAAUAUGAUAUGGGAAAAAUCAAUAAAAUCUUCACUUCUCAUUGGCUAGAUGACAGACAGGUUGCCUUGGGAACCAAAUGCAAUAAGCUUAUCAUCAUGGACACAAAGACUGGUAAACAAUUUCAUAUACCCUCCCUGAAGAGUAGUAAGAAUAGUAUUCCAGCUGAAUGUCCAUGUGGGAUCCACAGUAUAGCCUUAAACCCCUCCCAUACUCUGUGUGCCACGGGGGCAGAGAACACCAAUGACCUCGCUGUGUACCAGUUACCAACUUUUGAUCCGGUUAUGGUGGGAGAGAGCGGGCAUAAUGAUUGGAUAUUUGACAUCACAUGGAUAGAUGACGAAUAUUUAGUAACAGGUUCUAGAGACAGCAAGCUUGCCUUAUGGAGGGUAGAUAUGGCAGACAAUGACUGUGAUGAGACUGUAGCUGUGCCGUCCACCAGUAACAGUAUACAGGUGCCAGAUUACGCCAUUACUACACCAGUCGUAUCCAGGCUAUGUGAGAAGGCUCAGAAAGUUAGAGCCCUUGCAUAUCAUGAUGACAGGAAGGAACUGGCUGUUUUAUCUCUGAAUGCCUACUUUCAUUUGUGGGAUGUUGAAACUUUUAACGCUAGAACUCACAGAGGUCUGAUACACGCACGUGAGAAUGUAUGUAUGGCAGUGUCUAAGAAGUACUGCAGUUACGCUGUAGGAUCACAGUCUCACAUCGACUUACUGGACCCACGCUGUCCAAACGCACAGACAUCAAUCAUGUCAAAGCAUCGAGGCAGUGGAGUGCGUUCCCUUAGUUUUACUGAUGACAUCCUGACUAUUGGUACUGGGGUAGGUGCUAUCCUCUUCUUUGACAUUAGGGCAGGGCGCUACCUGGAGAGUGAUUGUGGACAUGCAUGUUCUCUGAUUGUAGGCAGUGGAUGGCUGAGACAUGAUGAUACAUACCGUGACUUUUUCUGGGAGUCAGAAUACCCAAGUGCCAUUUACACUCAUCGCUACGACAGUUCAGGGACUCGACUGUUUGCUGCUGGAGGGCCUCUCCCGGCUGGUCUGUGGGGAAAUUAUGCUGGCCUCUGGCAAUAAAGUACAAAUACUCCGAAGUCCCUAAUAAUAAAUGCAUUAUUUUGUUUAUAAAUUAUUUGUGCAUUAGAUUUGGUAUAUAAUCUGUUAGAAUAUUCCCAUGAUAAUUUUGAAGAAUGAAAGAAAAUCAUUUCUGCCCCUGUUAACAGGAUUUAGAGGGAAUCUCGAAUUAUUCUAAGAUUUUGUCUGAUCUCAUUGGAUAAAUCUGAAUUUCUUUCGUUAACUUUAUGUUGUAAUGAUAUUUGGGGAUCUGUUAGUGUGCUUGUUUGUUGAAUGUAUGCUGCUGUACCCAGAAAUAACUUGUUAGUGAAUAUUUCCAUCAAUUUUGUUAAUGAAUGUAUGUUUUAUUCUGUACCAUGUUCUGGUGACUGUGAUUAAAUUCAAUAAUUUACCAUUUUAACAAA